AUCCUGUCGUCUUCAUUUUUAACGUUAGGAAAACAAAUACGUUUUAUUGGAACUUAAAUUGUGUAAUUAAUGGGAAGGUAUAAGUGUGCGUACAACUGCGAGGAUUCAACUGACCCGGAUAUAAAGUUCUUUAAGUUCCCAAUAUACAAUCCCAAAAAACUCAAAAAAUGGCUCUCCAACAUGAAGUUGAAAGACUGGACUCCGACUCGCUUCUCCGCGCUGUGCAUCAACCAUUUCGAGGAACAGUACAUCGACAGAUCAGGGAAAUGUGUGACGCUACGAGAUGAUGCAGUCCCCACCAUAUUUUUACCUCAUGACAAAACAGAGAAAAAUAAGACUUCUGCCAGCCCUGGGCGUAAAAGACUUAAGCCUCUUGGACCCAAAACCUCAGAGAAAGACUCAGCUUCCUCUUCAACAUCUCCCUCUGAAGCCACAAACAACAGCAUAAACAAAGAGCUAGACCAGAAAGAGGAAGAGCAAACAGGAUUGUUUUCGCUGGACGGCAUUACGCUAGCAGAGGGCAGGUAACUGUCAGUCGGUUCAUUUGUAUUGCUGCAGCGCUCUGUGCUUAUCUGGGAUUUUAUUUAUGUUUUUUAUUUUCAGUCUUUCUCCCGGUAUAUAACUUGUUUUACAUAAAAGACUA